CUUUUAAUGUCAAAUUUCCACAUCUAUUUUUAAAAACUGUAACUGAUUAUCUCAUGUGAUCUUGUAAGCUAUUCCAAACUGUGGCCGCCAUCCAAUAAAACGAUUUAGAUCCUAAAGAACCAUAUUUACAAAUUCUGACUGAACUGUGACUGUGCAUAUAGCAGGCCUAUUAUAGCCUUCCUAUGCUGGUCUUUGACACAAACACUGUAAAUAAUCUAUUGCUUGGCCAUUCAAGCAACACAUACAUGACCUGCUGCUAAAUACUUAGUCCUAUUAGCAAUGUUUAAUAUGUUUUUUUAAUUAAAAUGCUCUAUGGGCUCUUUUAGUGUAGGCUAAUUUAAAUCAUCUUAGCUAGGCUAUGUAGUGUAGGCGGACCUGUUGUUGCUUAGAAGGGCCAAUACAUUACAUACAUGGGGACUCAAAAAUAAAACACAUUUUCCAAAUCCUGCAAAGUUGUCAAUAUCAUUUAGUCAUUCCUGCACAGUUCAGCUGAGUAUCCGUUUCUCCUACAGUCACCGAAGGCAACACCCUAUCGCAGCAUCGCCGGACCUCUCAGGUGUCUCUGCUGGGCGGCCGCACAGCGGAGUCAAUGGAGGAAAUAUAACGUGGCGGCAUGGCGGACAGAGAGAAGAGGAAAACCAGCCCGCCAUCUGGCCGCAACAUCCAGGUGAACUCCUCGGCAAGCUUUAGGUUUGGCCAGUUAAUGGCUGAAAUCUGGGAACACAGUGCCCUGUUGGACUGCAAGGAACAUGAGCGGUUAGAGGAUCAGGCAGGUUGUAAACAAACCCCUAGUAUGGACUCGGGAGGGGAAGGAGAAGAGGGUUGGAUGGAGGACCAAUGGGAGAAAUGGUUGACCCAUGACAUCAGCCUGGAUGAGUUUGAAGAUGACGACCUGUCAGAGAUUACAGAGAUCACAGACGAGUGCGGGAUGAGCCUCAACUGCAAUGGCCCAGAUAUAAAGGGCCAUGUGAGGCGAGGAACCAAUAGCAUGUCGGGGAGGGUGGAGCUGGGCGCCGUCGGCCAGCUCCAGGCAGAGAUGCUGCAUUUGGAACUCAUCGACGGUGCUGACAGUUACCGCGGUGACAAAGAGUCCUCGAAGGCAUCUGCCAUCGCUCCCCCACCAGUCACCAAGGACCCUGCAGCACCUGUUACCAUGGAUACUUACAGGCCCAAGAGACCCACGACCCUUAACCUCUUCCCGAUUGUGCCGCGCACACAGGACACAUUAAACAACAACUCAUUUGGGAAGAAAUACAGUUGGCAGGAGAAGGUUUCAGGCUCGUCCUCACCUCUUAAAACAGGUGAGCUCACCCCUCCACGUGAGCACAGCUGCCUGAGCGACGAGGACAAGGUGCAGGGUGGGGGAGCGCAGACAAAAGACCGCGGGACUUCCACCGAUGCCCCCUGCAGACACAGCCACACCUCUGGACACUCGCAUUGCUCAUCUACAGCGGCUGCAACGCGCUCCAAGCUUCAGGAAAAGCCACCCGCGCCACCGCCUCCACAGAACUAUACACCAGCUCCUCUAUACCCGGCAGGGAAGGCGGAUGGAGGCGGGCACCACCGGGAGAGGAUCCGCUACCACACAGACGUUCAUCUAGAGCCCACAGAGGAGAUCUAUCUGACUCCUGUGCAGCGUUCCGCCGACCCCCUGGAGCCCAGCAACGUACAGGACCGGCCUUUCCUCUCUCAGCAGACUGAGCAGGGCCGCAUGUCCAUCAGCUCCGACACAGAGGGCCCGCCUCCCUACCAGCCCCUCCCAGACCGGACAAACCCCUCCAUCUAUGAGGAGGACGAGGUCUAUGUCCCCCCGCCUUCAUAUGCUUCCUGCGUAGAGUCCCUCAUCACGCCGCCCAGCAUAGCUGUCUCAGCUCGCUCCUCCCUCGCGGUGGACCUAAGCCUGAAGGGGGCAGGAACGGGGGCCGGGGUCAUGCUGAGAGCUGGAUCAUCAGUGGAGUACGUGGACGCCACAGAUGAAAGCUACUGCGGGGAGGAUGAGGAUGUGGACAGGAUAAUAAUGGACGGAAGGAUGAGGAAUGGGGGUGGAAAGGGGGAUGGCGGUGGCAGCAGAGUCCCACUAAGGACUUCCAUGAGCUCGGAGGCCAGCGGCCUUUCAUAUGACUCUGUCAAAUACACACUGGUGGUGGAUGAGCAUGCUCAGCUAGAACUGGUCAGUCUCCGGCAGUGUUACCAAGGCUACAGUGACGACAGCGACUCGGCCACGGUCUAUGACAACUGCGUCUCUUCUCCCUACGAGUCGGCCAUCGGAGAGGAGUACGAGGAGGAAGAUGAGGAGGAGGAGGAGGAGGAGGACAGCGCUCGGAUAGGAGGAGUGAGGAGAGAGGCCACAGCUUGUCUGUCUGAAGACUCCACUCCAGAGGUCGACCUGCACUUCUCCAAGAAGUUCCUCAACGUCUUCAUGAAUGGACGCUCUCGCUCCUCCAGUGCCGAGUCCUUUGGCUUAUACUCUUGUGUCAUAAAUGGAGAGGAGAGGGAUCAGAGCCACAGAGCCGUCUACAGGUUUGUCCCUCGACAUGACGAUGAGUUGGAGCUGGAGGUGGACGAUCCGUUGCUGGUGGAGGUCCAGUCAGAGGAUUACUGGUACGAGGGCUACAACAUGCGAACUGGUGCUCGUGGGAUCUUCCCAGCUUACUACGCAAUAGAGGUGACCAAGGACCCCGAGAACUACAAAGUGAAGAGCAGUGAAUGGAUGGACAGAUACCGGCUGAAGUUCCUGGGCUCAGUUCAAGUGCCCUUCCACAAAGGAAACGAUGUUCUGUGUGCAGCUAUGCAGAAGAUUGCCACCAACAGAAGGAUGACAGUCAAAUACAACCCACCUUCCUCCUGCAACCUGGAGAUCAGUGUGAAAGGCAUCAAGCUUGCAGUUCAAGAGGAUUAUUAUGCCUGUGACAGAAGUAACGAGUGCAAUCACUUCUUCCAGUUAAAGAAUGUCUCCUUCUGCGGCUAUCACCCCAAAAACAGCAAGUAUUUUGGUUUCAUUACGAAGCACCCAGCAGACCAGAGAUUUGCCUGCCAUGUGUUUGUGUCUGAAAACUCCACCAAACCUCUUGCAGAGUCAGUAGGGAAAGCCUUCCAGUUGUACUAUAAACAGUUUGUGGAGGUCUCGUGCCCUACAGAGGACAUCUACCUGGAAUAGCCCUGCCCUGCCUUCAACCACAGCCCUGUACAGCACACUGUAUCAUAACAUAAUGUUGCAUGAAGGACAGACAUAUCUAAAAUAAACAUUUAAAAUUUAAAAAUUACCACAUCUGACAAACAAGAAGGAGAAGAAGGAUCAAGUAUUGAAACUGUGGUGAAAUCUUUGUGCAGUGAGAAGAGAUGAAAAUGAGCCAAAGGAGGCAUGUCUUGAGAACAGAAAAUAUGCAAAAUGGAGUCAGUGAUGAGGUGGUGAUCACAGGCUGUCCAUGGAAAGCACAAACAUUGUAUCACCGCAGUCUUGGCAGCGCUAGUUAGCCUGCAGUGUUGUCUCAGCACCCCAGGAGCCGAACUGAACUGCACCAACUUGUUCUUGCACUUCACAAACUAAAAACAGCGGCUUGGAAAAAUGAACACAAGUUUGCUUUGGCUCUAAAUAUUUAGGCUCUGGAGGGAGGUGUAUACUUACUAAAUAACAUCCUCACACUGAAAAUGUAAGUGAAACAAAUGUAGGAACAGUACAUUUUAUCCCUUUAAGCACACCAUGAAGCUGAUAUCCACAUUGUUCAGUGGCAACAAAAAAUCCACCCUAAAACACUGUUGUAAAACCAGCUACAGGUGAUGUUCUUUGCAUUUUUGGGUCCCAAGGACAAACCUUGUUGUCAAAUCCAGACAAUUUCAUCAGCUGUUUGACAGCAGAAAAUGUUGUAGCCAUCUAGAACAUCAACAGAAAACAUCAGGGUUUGGUGUCCAUAAGGCUCUCUACACAUGAUCUGCGGUAUGGGCUGUGCACACUGCAAGGUCGGGCUCAGAGUACAGUGCAGGGGCACAAGUGUAGCAUGGGUUAGUGUUGCCUUUCACCAAAAUGCGCCAAGUAGCAGGAAUGUGCCAGGACAUUAAAAAAUUACUAAACAAGUCUAGCAAAGAGUCUAUCAUUUUUAAACAAAAAUGGCAAAAAUCCACUGGUCUCUGCUUUUCAAAUGUGAAUAUUUGUUGAAUGUGUUGAAUAUGUCAACUUAGGCUUUGAUACAUUGUUAUAGGCAUUUUUUGCUUUUUUGUGACUUUUUGUGGAACAAAUGAUUAAUUGUUAAUGAAAAUAAUCAUUAGCCUUAGACCCAGUGAUUAAGAAGUAUUUGAGUGAAUGAAACCUUUUCUUCCUUCAUGCUUUCAAACAAGGUCAAAGUUGAAACUGGUUGAAUGUCUACCGCAGCGGCAAGGCAUAACAUAUAAGUGGCACACAAUGCCCAAGUUAGCACAGCUGCGAGGUCUGGCAUCUUAACUUUCUCCAUUGGCAAACAAUAGCUAACGCAGAUGCAAAGCAAUUCUGCUGCCAAUCAUGUGUAGAGGUCCUUAGAAUCAUAGGGUAAUUGCUAACUUUAGUAGGAGUAAACAAGGCGGGGUAGACUAAAACAUUUUAACACUGAAUCACAAAUAACUCCUGAAAUGCACUCAGCAUCACUUGUCCGUGAUAAAAAAAAAACAGUGUGAGGGUGUCUGAGUGUGGGUUUUUCCUUUCAAACCUUUUAGCGGCUUCUUUUGGUACUGUAGUGCUAAGCUAAACAGCCCCCACCAUUUGCCCAGUAAAGCCUUAGUACUUAAAUCCUAGUCUAAUGUCAGACACACUGUGCUUCUUUACUGUGUGUACUACCUAGGUAUGAAAUCAGUGACAAGAGGUUUAAUACCAGAAAAAACAACUACAUGGUACAUAUGGUGGUGCAAGACGAGGUCCGACAUACACAAUUUCUUCUUGUGGUGUUCUAGAAAUUUGCUCCUCAAAGUUUCCGCAUCAGAAAUAUGAAAUGCUCUCAGUGUGGCGGUGAUAAAAUAAUAAGGCUGAUCCUCAGUACAGUAGGUACAGGUGCUGAUAAGAGAGCAAAAUCAAACCCCUGGUGUCUUCAUAUCUUUACUAGUAGUGCCUCUUUUUCCAUCAAAUCAUUGUGAUUGCAAUUGAGUGUAUAUUGAGUUUAAGAGUUUGAAUGCAAAUUGUGAUGUAGGGGUAUGUUUGAUGUGACUUGUGAAUUUUUCCACUGCACUAAAUGUGCUGUGCUGUACCUUUGCUGUAACAGGUCAUAUUUGUUUCAGAACAGGCAAGAAAAUUCUGUAAUCAACACGAUAAAAGUAUGUCGGAGGUAAUAAUGCUCAUGUGCUAUGGGUCCAAAAUAUAUACAUCAAAUUCCAUUCUCUUAAUACAUGUACGAUACCUUUUGAUUGUUUUAUUAUUUUUGCAGUCUACACAGCAGUAAAUUUCAGUAAGUGAAAUUGGCAAACAACCUAAACAAACUGCUUUACUAUAAGAUUACGUCUCUCACCUUAUAUUUCAUGUCCACCUUAUCCAUUCACUGGCAGCAGGCUCUAGAAAACCAUGUGUACGCCUGCUCUGAAGCAUGUUUGAGGUGCACACAUUCUCACUGCACAUUCUUCUUUUAUAAAUGCCAGUUUGUGUGGGAAAUGGCAUAUGCAUGUUUUUUGUGCAUUCACAUUGUUUAUACAUCUGGCCCCUGGGAAGCAGGCAGGCUUUGCAAAGCCACACACCAUGAAUAUGUUAUUAAUCAGCCCAGGCAUUGUAAGGACUUGGUCUCAGCUAUGUAAAAUACUAUACACAUAGCUUUGAAAGAAAAAUGUUAAAUGCCAUUAAAGGCCAUAACGACAUUUUAUUGGUCAGCAUUCAGAUACCUGAAAGACUUGCAGUUUGCUUAUGAAUACUUGUGACUUGACUAGAGACUUGAGUAGAGCUGAAACAAUUAGUCGAUUAAUCGAUCGAAAUUAGCAACUCUUUUUAUAAUCGAUCAUUCAUUUGAGUUAUUUUUCAAGUAAAAAUGGCAAACAUUCCCCAGUUCCAGCUUCUCAGUUAAGGAUAUUUGCUGCUUUUCUUUGUCAUGUGCUAUAGUUAACUUUAUAGUGAACAUUUUCAGGUUUCAGGGUUUGUCAAUUAGACAAAACCAACGGACUGCCAUAUUUUUUUAAAUCAUCCUGGGUCCAGCACGGGUACAGCACAGUUGUUCUGUAGUGAAAAAACAAACAGAAAGUGAGCUUCCUACAUAAUUUAUCACUAACACUAAUGUGUGACAGAUUGUUUUAUGUGAUCUAUAUUUAUCAGAAGAUAAAGUUUCUGUAAAACAAAUUUUAAUUAAUGAAGGAUGUGGAAAUUGUCAAUUCCGCCAUCUCACUUGUCCCCACGGUUUGUUCCUUUCAAAAAACAACGAGUCGUCUGCUGUUGCUGAUCAAAGCCAUCGUGUUCACAUCAAGAGAUCAACACUGACUUUUAUAUGAGUUCCCUUCUCAACAGCCAAUUAGGCAGACAGAAGAAAAUGUAAAGUAGUGGGGGCUAUACAAAGGGUGUAUAGACAUGCCAGAUAUAAAUACAUAAUUUAAUAUCUGUAAUUAUAAAUAUUACAUUGUAUUGAUUCAA